GAAGCUUGUGAUGCUUUGCAAUAUGUGAGCUCUAAAUUACGAAAUUUCUUCUUGGGAUGGGGAGGAUGUGCGUUAGCGAACGAUCAGAGUUUCCUUUCGUAGACUUGAUUGUGCAUGUAAGAUAUAUACAGCUCUAGCUAUACUGUGAAUUAAGUGAAUGAAACGUACUGGAAUCGUAGUUUGGAAUUGAAUGAAUGGAGUGCACUUCAUAACUAGUUAACUUCGAGUAUAUUAUUUGUGGCAUGAUCUGCAUGUGUUCUUUAGAUUUUAUAAUCUAUUUAGUGAUAUUGGAAACUUCUUAAAUAGUGGCUAUGAGAGUGUCUUCCAUAAAUAUUGUCAUGGAUUAUCAAAGACAUGUAUACGAGUGAUAAAAAACGAUGUUAGCAAAGUGUUCUCAGCUAGGGUUUGCAUGAGGUCUGAGUGUAAGAUGCAUUAUUUUGCAGUUGACUAAUUUCAUGGCAAAGAAGGGAGUGCUGCGCGCAUGUGAUUUAGGAGGCAGAUGAUUGGAAUCAUUAGCCAUAUGUUGUUACAGAAGAAAUACUUUGCAUAACCAUGCUUUACAGCUGAAAGAUGAGACUAGAAUUAACUAAAAGCAGGUGAUUUUUUAUUUGGAGAGGGUGGAAGGUAUUUAGUGGGUGAUGAUGGUUAGGAGAGGCCUUUACAUGCUUCUUGCGGGAUCGCUCUAUAGUUUAGUAAGUGAAGCAAGAAAAAGGCCAGAGGCUUCAAGGGGUAGAGAGAGAGAAUGAAACAUGGGUGUGCUUUAUUCUGUUCUGUUUUAUGCGAUCCUAGAUUUUUUUUUUUGUUCCGAAUAAAUUAUUUUCUCACAAUUAAAAUUAUAUCUAUAUAUAUAUAUAUAUGAUAAUUUAAAAUAGUGUGAAUUACUUUUCUUUUUUUUUUGCUUGUCCAAUAAAAAGAACCCAUCCCUGCAAAUACAUACUUCAAUUUAUCAAAGUAAAAUCUUCUAACUAACAUAUUUUGCUUUUGAGCUGGUAUACAACAAAUUUUGUAGACUUAGUUACAUGCUUAUUCACUUAUUCACAACUUAUAGAUAUAUGUAUGUGUUUCCAUAUCUUUGUAUAUAUCUAUUUAUGUAAACAUUUCUUUUUUGUGUAGUUCUUUCAAAGUGAAAGUCAAUAUUUUUAAUCAUGAUCUAUGAUAUUUAAAAUACCUAGAAGUCAAUGAUUACUUAUUUUAGAGGUCUAUAGCCUUUAUAAUGCAUGAAUCCAAAUUAUCUAUCUUUUUUUCAUGGUAAAAAAUUUCCUUAUUUUGAUUUAAAUAUUUAGAAAAUUGUACUUUUAUCCCUUGAUUUAACUCUCGUUCUAUUCAUACGUCAUUUAGUUUAAAAAAAUUUAAAUGGAUCCCUCAAGUUACUUGGUUGGCUCAAUAUCAUCCUUCCAUUCAUCUUUAUUAACAUGGUCUGCAAGAAUUGUAUCAUGCACCUAUCACAUGACAUUCUUAAAAUGUUUUAGGAUCGAAAUACCCAUGAUACAAUGGAACUUUAAACCAAAGGAUCAACAUGGGUUAGAAAAAGAACUCUCCUUUUUUAUAUAAAAUAUAUCCUAGCCUCCUUUAACCAUGUCCUCCGCCUUGUUCAUUUUUGCUGCUACUGCCUCCUCCGCUACCGCCACCAUCCACUUCUUUUAGUUACCUCCAUCCACCCCCACACCCAGCACCCUCCUCUCUUUCGAACACGCUAAAUUCCUAAUCAAGCAGUUUCGACCACUACUUUACCCUCUUCUGCUUCAUCCUCGACCCCAAUGUAUUCUUUUAGGCAUUAGUUCAAUACUAAACUAGUGACAUUAUGCCAUCUUGCAUCAUACAAGGAAUUUCUACAAGAUGAUCAUAUAUAACUGUCAUCUUAAUUAAAGAGGACAACAGCAUUAAGAUGGAGGAGUCUAAUGGCAACCUCAUGAGGAUCCACAAUAUCACUGAAUGACUAGCCAAAAUGAUAGAGAUGAUCGGCACGACAAUGAUACAUGAUCCACUAAUUACAUCUAGUAAGUGAGUUCUGAAGAAGAUUUGGAACAGUAUUUAAACCAGCCACAAAAGCUGUAAACCCCGGACCAGAUGGACCGGCAUGGACCAAAGUCGGCGGUCCAUCUGGUGAUUUCGGGAAUAAGGCGGUGGAGAACGGCAGUUGUUGAGGCAGUUAAAACUGCCUAACAGCCGCGGUCUCCACCCCUCCGAGCUGGAUGAGGAGCUACAAAAGCCCAUGGAGUCACAAAGAACUCCAUCAACCACAUCUUACCUCCCUACUCACCUUCUUUCUUCUGUGCAAGGAGCCGGACCGAGAGCAGUAGCGCCGGAGGAGGGAGAAUCUCCAGCGCGUCAUCGCACUGCGCUGCCGGAGCAAGCACAGCAGCUCACCGGAACGCCUCACAGCUCCUCGGAGCUAGGUAAUUGAAGAAUUGGCACUCAAAAUUUAAAGUUGGUAGGCAAUCUAAGGGGAGAAAGUUGCGGAAAUGCGUCUAUCCUUUGACAAAAUCCACUUAUGCAAUGCCUACUUGCGUGGCAAUAUAUUUCAAUAUAUUUUUUCCGCUUUGAUUCCUCACAUUUCUCGGGUGGAAAAUAACAAACUAUAAUUCGUAAGCCAUACGAGCGGGAGACGAUCCGAUCUCAAGCCCUUUCACCCUCUAUCUUCCGUAUUCCCAUUGUAAAACAGUAGAAAAUUCUCCGGAAAACUGAGAAAGAAACCCCAAUCUCAUUCGCGAAUCGCGUUAUGAAUCCCAGGCAAACACCACCGGAGCCCGAUCGCCAUGCCGCGCCGUCUCCGGCGGCGGUGGCGGUGGCGGCCGCGCAGGCGAUCCAGCCGUCCUCCCCGCGCUUCUUCUUCUCGGCUGCGGCGGCGGCGAGCCCGGGCUCCCACCGCCGGAUCGCGAUCGCCGUCGAUCUGAGCAACGAGAGCGCCUACGCCGUGCGGUGGGCGGUCCAGAACUACCUGCGCCCUGGCGACGCUGUGAUCCUCCUCCACGUCCGCCCCACCAGUGUACUCUAUGGCGCCGACUGGGGCUCGAUCGACCUCUCGGUCUCCGCCGCGGCGGCGGCCUCCGCUGAGGAGCCCGACUCCGAGGAGUCGCAGCAGAAGCUGGAGGAUGACUUCGACACCUUCACGACCACCAAGGCCCAGGAUCUGGCACAGCCCCUCGUGGAGGCUCAGAUCCCUUUCAAGAUCCACAUCGUCAAGGACCACGACAUGAAGGAGAGGCUCUGUCUCGAGGUGGAGAGGCUCGGCCUCAGCGCCGUCAUCAUGGGGAGCAGGGGGUUCGGGGCCUCCAAGAGAAGCAGCAAGAGCCGGCUUGGGAGUGUCAGUGACUACUGUGUCCACCACUGUGUGUGCCCUGUAGUGGUGGUACGUUACCCUGACGAUGUGACCGGUGCGGGAACGGGGGCCAGGAGAUCGUCGGUGGAUGGUGGUGAUGGGGCGGUGGGGAAGGAUUUGGGGCUGCAGCCAGUGCCAGAGGAAGAGCAUGAGCGCCCUGGUGCCACCCAAGGAAAGAAAGUUUAUCUUUGAACCAAUUUCUCCUGCCAUAGAUUUUUAAUAUUGGAACGUAUCCUACCUAACUGCAAAAUUGGUCAGAUGGAGGGGGUUCACAUUUUUGGUUCACUAUUUGAAGAAUGAUUUAUAUGCUCUACAUGGAUUAUAUGACAAAUUCGGGGCACUUGGAGCUUUAUAUUCUUGAAUUUCUUUUUGCGGACUUAGUGAGCAUAUUUAAAAUCCUACCGAUGUGCAAUAGAUUCUUGAAAUGUUAUUUGAUGACCUCUUGAAAUUGUAUUUUUAUUCUUUUUUACAUUUGCAGAGUUGAAACUUGAAGUGGAAGUUGUCCAUUGCAUUGCAAGGGUUGAAAUAUGAAGAUGAAAUUAUUCAUUAUAUUGCAACCAUAUGUGAUUUAUAUCUAUUGUUGUGAAAUUAUUGUGCUUGAGUAACUCAUGUUUGGGCAUUAUACAUGGUUGACUAACCUUGUUUACUAAUUUUUCUGUUUAUUUAUUAAUUGAUCAUUUUCUACAAUCAGUUCUUUGCAGUAAAAAAUUUCCUAGAAAUACAAAUAAGGAUUAGGCUCCAGUUAAAUUGUUGCACAAGAUGUACUAUAGAGUUGCUAGUUUUAUUAACAGAAUGAUGAAUUAUAUUAUGCCUAAUAAAAUAAAUCUUGUAUGGAAUAUGUGGAGUGGUGCUUUUAGGGUGUUAUGUCGCCGAUGCAUUCUCAGUAAAUUCAGGAAAGAUCUAAUAAACUAGAUACAACACCUGAUAUGUUUUUCUUUUUUUUUUUAUAUAAUGAAUAUGAAAAGGAGGAUAUGAGAAUUUGAAAAGGAUGCCCAUAAACCUAAUAUUGAUAGAGCAAGGAAUCAGCAUUCUGAAGAAGGUUUUGAGGGCUAAAGGAGAAAGCAAUGGGGAAUCAAAUAAAAUGGUAUGGCCACAAGCAAAAAAUUUGAAGCAGUUUUUAUUAGGGAUAGGUGCUUGGGGAAAAAUGUAUAAAGAGGAGGUGGAGACACCAGCUUACAUGAAUAGAACUUGUGAUGAAAGAUAUGGAAAGUAGUGCGCGAUUGAACCAAGGAUAGUGCUUUAAACAAUUGAUUAGUGAUUAUGGAUUCCCAGUUGUUAUGCAGUGCUUAGACCCUCUUAAUAUCUAUGGCAUCAUUAGAUGAAUAUAUGUGUGUUACGGAAUGAUAGAUUAAAUGCUCUGCCAUCAUUCAUAGAAGUUAUCACCUUGCUAUAGGAAUUACGUAUGAUUUUUCUCAAUUAACUCGUGGAAAUCAUUUUUAGAUUCUCAAGCAUUUUUUUCUUC